GCAGUAUUCUGAAAAGCAAACGAAAAAAAUACGAUAAGGGCACUCAGAACACUGUAAAGUUUAUUAAUGAUGCCAUUUCUCCGUUGCCAUAUAAAUAUGAAACAAAAUACACAAAGACUGAGCAAAAUAAUGCUACUAAUAAAAAGUGCAAAGGAUACAAUAUAUGUAAAUGUAAACUUCGAAAACAGAAUAGAACAUACAACUUGAAAAAUGUUUCAAAUCUUACUGAAAUCAAUAAUGAUAACCCAAUAAAUAAAAAGAGCAACAAAAGCCGAUUCACUUUAUUUUCAAAGAGGAGACGAAGUUAUCAAGUAAAUCCUAAAAGAAUGUCACUUAUUAGCUUAUAUCGCAAACGUGCUAACCGUACAACAGAACGUACGGACCAAGACAUGGUAAAUAACAACAAAAUUAACGCGAAAAAUGAAAAUAUUGCAGAAACGAAGAAACCAAAAAUUGCAAACACUGGGGUAACCCAAAAUAAUAAAAAUAAUAAAUGUAACAACAGUAAAAUGGAAAAGAUUAAGAAUAAGAGUAACCAAUCUCGAAAAGUAAAAUUUAACUUCGAGCCUACUGAUACCACACUAUAUCCAGAACCUUUAUCUGAUAAGAAAAAAAUCAAUAAAGCAACAAAGAAACAAGGACACGCUUUUAAAAAGCCAUUCCCAACUAAUACCGAAGAAAUUUAUAAAGAGGAGUAUCAUAAAAAUAAGGAAGAGAAAGAGGUCUCGCCAGACAUGAAACAUUUUCUUUCGAGAAUUGGUGCUGGAGAUCAAAUUUUAAAAGUAAAGAAAAAAUGCAGUAAUGUUAUAUUAGGAUUUCUAAAUCAUAAAAAACAUUACAUUGAGAAACAACCGCCCCCGGCGCCUCUAUUUGCAGUAAAAGUCGAUUCCUCAAAUUUUCAAGUUUUAAACUCAGCCGAAAUAAAAAGAAAAGUUAAAGCUAUGGGAAACGUUGCUAAAAAUGAGACAUGUGUAUGUCCAUCACGAUUAAAGAAAGCGAAACAAUACGGUAUAGGUGAUACAUGUGAAACUGGAAUUUGUGAAUUAGCGGGAAAAGAUAAAUAUAAUCGUUUUAAUUGUAAAUGUGUAAAAAAAGCUAUUGUAGAAUGCAGUGAUACGACAUGUGAUGAACCAUUCAUUAAACAAACAAAAUUAAGGAAAAAUUUAAUAAAUAAUUACGUUUCUCCAAAGACCAAUAAUCCUAUGUUUCAAAUGGUUUUAGACAAUAAUCACAUGAAUAUUUUGAACACGGGAGAAAUUAAAGACGUAAUAAAAACCGCGUCGUAUACAGGCAUAUGUCCAACAGGAGUUUGCAAACAAUCCGCAAGAAAUAAAAGAGCCGUUUUAAACUGUAAAUGCGUAAAUAAAAAACUUUCGCCUGGUCUAUACGAAUGUGAUGAACGUACAUGUAAGCCAAAGAGAUCGCUGUUUUAUAUUAUUUGCUCAAGAAUUUUCAGCGGAACUGAUGAUUGGAAUACUGCCCGCCGUACUUAUAAUCCAAAUCGAAGACGAGCUCUGCAAUUAGGUCCGAAUAUCAAUCAAUAUGGUGGGGUGAGGAGGAAUUUGGAAAAUAAUACUAAUGUUGAAUGUAUGUGCAACUGCGAAUGUGACAAAAAAUCUGUGAAGAAAAAUAAGAAAAAGAAAGUCAAACGAAAACCAUUCGCAAAGAAACAUCCAGUUGUUAAACGUACUAGUAUUUUUAAGAAAGAAAAUAUGUCAAAAAAAUUUCAUCAACAAGAAGUAAAAUUUUCGAAACUGAAAAAGAAAAGAGCAAAGGAACAAAGAAAGAAAGAAAAGGAGGAACAAAGAAAGAAAAUAAAACUUCAAAAAGAAAUUGAAAAGCUAGCUAUGAAGGAAAGUAAUAAUACAAAUUUUUUAGGAAAUUUUGUUAACGGUGUGCUUAAUUUAACCUUACAAACUGUAAGGCGAUUUUUCACGGUUAUAGUAUCUAUCAUAUUCGAUCCAAUAAACAGUUAUUUAUACACGAAAGACAAGGUAAGCAAUCCGCUUGAUUCAGCAAAAUCUUUCAAGCGUUGGAUUGUGGAUACUUGGAAGUCAAAAGACUCAAAAUUUUACAAAACCAUAGCAGAUUCGAACGCGAUUAACGUGCUUGCGGACCAUUUAGAGGAUUCCGCAGUUUUCCAAACGUUUACCAAUAAAGGUCGCACACAAGUGGAGAGGAAAAUAUACGAAAGGAAAUUUAAAUUGCGUAAAAAGAGAAUGCGAAAGCGUCAUGACGCUGCACUUUAUGGGUGUCGACACAUGCUCCUUACCACAUUAAGGAAGCACCCUUGUAAACAAAGAAAACAAUUGCAUAGCUGGUUCCUCUUACAAGGGAAACAAAAUAGUGCAUGUUGA